AUGGAUUUUAUCGUCGACACGGUUGGAGACGACAAUCUCCAGGAUAAAUCAGAACUCAUUUUAAAAGCUGAUAAACUUUUUAUAGAUACUGAAGAAAAGACACAGACGAUUUUGGAUUUAUUUGAGAAAAAGAAGCAAGAAUUAGACGCCCAAAUAGCUGUUGAAGACGCUAUAGACAGAAAAUUAAAGAACCUAAAAAUAGACGGCGUCUAUGAUGAGUUUUUCAAUGAUAUGAUGUGGACUUCAUUAAUAGCUCUUAAUAGAAAAAAACCCCUAUUCAAAUUUGAUCAGCUAGACAAAGAAACGGGAAAGUUAAAAUCUAAAAUUGGCUCUGUAGAUGUUGACAAAGAAAUGCAAAGAUCUGUACUAAAACCUGGUAUAGAACAAGAGCAUACCUUGCCAAAAUAUAAUCUUAGUGACAAGACAUUGCGUAAACUAAGAAAGGCAGAAAGGUUAAAAACCAAAGGAAGAGGCUGGUUUAAUAUGGCUGCACCAGAACUAACUCCUGAAUUGAAGAGAGACCUCCAGUUAUUGAGAAUGAGAUCGGCACUUGAUCCUAAACAUUUCUACAAGAAAAAUGAUAUGGAAGUGUUACCUAAGUACUUCCAGGUUGGUAAAGUUAUGGACUCUCCAUUAGACCAUGUAAAUGAAAGAUUAACUAAGAAACAAAGGAAAAGAACAAUAGUUGAUGAACUACUAGCUGACGCAGAUCUCCAGAAAUACAAUAAGAAGAAAUACAAGGAAAUCAUGGAUGAGAAAAGAAAAACACAAUACAAGACAUUCAUGAAAGACAAGCGGCAAAAGAAUAAGGAUGAGUUAAAGAAAAAUAAAGCCAAGUCAAAGUCAAAUAAAGGGAAAAAGUAA